CGAGUCCACAUCAACGCCCUCAACAUGUUCAAACUGUUUCUGUUGCUGUCUCUGUGCGCCGCCUUCACCUACGCGGCUCCCAGUCUUUCAGGUCUGUCGGGUCUGUCUGGUCAUCAUGGACACAUCCUGGGCAGCUCCAGCUCGUACCACACUUGGCCACAGGCUGUUCAUGUGGUGCGUCCCAUUUGGACACCACAUACAAUUGUGCGGCCCAUCAUACACGGCAACCUGGGCCAUAAUAACUACGGUUAUGGCCAUGGUUGGUAAUGAAAUGCCGUCAAUUGGCUGUCAGAGGCGGCAACCUCAAAUCUGCCACGCUUCCUUUCAACUGUAUUGCCUGAAAUAAAGCAUUGAACUUGUUGGGAAUGCCAGAAUGC